AUGUCGAGCGACGUGGAAAUGGAAAAGGUGCCCAUUCCUGUGCCGUUCCCUCCUCCGGCCGCCGUUGACGAUGUCGAUUCGACUCUCGGAAAAGACGCUGACGCCAACGUUCACUAUGCCGAAGCUAUCAGCGACCUCGAGAAGCAACUUCUCAGGAAACAAGACCUGCGCAUCAUCCCACUAUCAGGCGCCAUCUACUUCUUGUCCUUCCUCGAUCGAACGAAUAUCGGAAACGCCAUGAUCCUCAAUUCGUCGACCAACAACGACAUGCAGCGUGAGACCAAGAUGACAGACCAUCAGUUCGUCAUCUCCCUCAUGCUAUUCCUCGUCUCUUAUGCGGUGUUCGAAGUUCCGAGUAACAUACUUCUCAAGAAGUUACGGCCCAGUCGUUGGCUCGCUUUUCUCAUGUUUUGCUGGGGUGCAAUGACGAUAUUGACGGCUGCCACCAACAGCUUUGGUAGUGUCACCGCUGUCCGAUUCCUACUGGGUGUCUUCGAGGCUGGGUUGUUUCCUGGGUUGGUAUACUACUUGACGUUUUGGUACAAGCACGACGAGCGUAGUGUUCGCGUCGCAUUUAUCCUUGCAUCUGCCACUCUAGCCGGCGCAUUUGGCGGCGCAAUCGCCUAUGCCAUCGGCCACAUGAAUGGCACAGCUGGUCUCUCUGGCUGGCGUUGGCUCUUCAUCAUCGAGGGCAUCCCGUCUUGCCUGGCCGCCUUCCUCGUUCUCUUCUUCCUACCCGAUUGGCCGGAGCGGGCAAAAUGGUUAUCUGAAGCAGAAAAAGAUAUGGCUAUUCACCGGAUGUACCAUGAGGGUUCUAAGGAAUCGCAUCCCACGAUGAGCUGGGCAGAAGCCAAGGCAACGUUGAUGGACUGGCGACUGUAUGCGCAUUAUGCGAUUUACUUUGCGUCUGGGCCGGCGUUUGCGAGUUUGAGCUUGUUUGCGCCAUCAAUUACCGUUGGGUUGGGAUAUUACGACUUAAAAGCACAGUUGAUGACCGUGCCUCCGUGGGCCAUUGCUUAUAUCUGCCAGGUUUUGGUGGCUUGGUCGGCGGACCACUUCAACGCGCGAGGCGUUCACACAGCCAUGGCUGCUGCCGUGGGUGCUAUUGGCUUCAUUAUAUCGGCUGUGGUCCCGGCCAAUGCCUAUAAAGCCCGCUACGGAGGUUUAAUAUUGGCAACGGCCGGCUCUUUUGCAUGCAUGCCACCCAUGUUGGGAUGGCUCAGCUCCAAUGUGUUCACGACGGCUUCUACCGGUCUAGCCAUUGCCCUCAACGUUAGUCUCGGUGGGGUUGGACAGAUCCCCGGUGUUUGGAUCUACCAGACGUCACAGCGAGAAGGAGGAUUCACGACAGGGCACUGGGUCAAUGCGGCUCUGCUGCUGUUUGUGUCAGUUGUGGCCCUGGGCCUGAGGAUGUUCUAUGGUUGGAAGAAUCGGAAGUUGAGAGAAUAUGCAGAGAGCGUCGCAGUGCCUUAUCGUUGCUAUAAGUUGUAG